AGCAAACAAAUGAGUGACCAAGUUAGGGAAGGCAUACUAUUAGGUUUGGGUCACCCAUUGCUGGACAUCAUCGUUACGGUAGACCAGAGCCUACUCGACAAAUACGGCCUCAACGCUAACGGUAGUGUCCGCGCGAAUGACACCCACGAGGGGCUAUACCGGGAACUGAUGGCCGACUACCGGUGUCAGUACAUCGCCGGAGGGUCGGUGCAGAACAGCUUACGCACCGCCCAAUGGAUGCUUAAUAAACCCAAUUGUAUGACAUUUAUGGGCGCUAUAGGGGACGACCAGUUUGGCCGUAUUAUGACUGAGUGUAUUAGCGCACAGGGAGUUAAUUUUGUGAGUCUAGUGGACAGUACGACCGGCACCGGGACCAGUGCCUGUCUUAUUAGCGGCAAAAACCGGUCAUUAGUAGCAUAUUUAGGCGCUUCACAGAACAUACGGAUCGCACAUUUGCACCGGAAUUACAGUUAUGUAGAAAAGGCCACAAUUUUCUAUACGUCGGGCUAUCAUUUGGGUAUAGACCCCGAGUCUAUUAUGUUUCUGGCUAAACACGCUCAUGAUUAUCAGGGUAAAAUGUUUUGUCUGAAUCUAUCGGCCCCUUAUGUGAGUCAGAAGCUGUAUAAACCUUUGUUGGAUGUCUUUCCUUAUGUGGAUAUAUUGUUUGGUAAUGAGUCGGAAGUGCAGGCAUUUGCCGAACUUAAUGGGUGGCAGACAACAGACAUGAAAACUAUGAUAAGACUGACGGCUGAUAUGGAGUGCCGGCGAAAGUCGGGCCGAACUGUAGUCAUAACUCAGGGAAAGGACUCCGUUUUGGUGGCAAAGACUGACUGUCCGGAUGUCAAGGAGUUUGUGGUGAAAGAAGUGGACGAAAGCCUAAUAGUGGACACCAUUGGAGCGGGCGAUGCAUUUGUGGGCGGAUUCUUCGCACAGUUAGUCCGGAACCGGGAGUUAGAGGUUUGCGUCGAGAGUGGGAUAUACGCCGCACAACAAGUCAUUCAACACAUUGGCUGUCAGUUCCCAACAGAUAUGCUUUUUCAAGGAAAUAAUAUGAAAUUGAAUUCAUAA